AAUAUGAAUCAAUUCCGAUCAUUGGUGAGAAACAAAGCACCUAACAUUCGCAUACAAGAUCAAAUGCAAGAUCAAGUGAGGACAUUGGAUAGAAAUUUUACUCGUAGCCAGUUUAAUGGUACAGCGCAAAAUAAUGCUGUACCUAACAUGUACGGUACAUAUAACAGAGCACAUGGAAGACAAGAAAAACCAACUGUAGCUACGUUGAGUCAAGUACAGGGUAGUGAUCCUAAUCUAUAUGCUGUUACGGAACUUUAAGCGACCUAUUGAUAACAUCAAAUGAGAAAAAAAAGAUUACAGUCAAAAUAAAAAUAACCAUUAUGAGAGAAGACGAAUAAAUACGGUCUAAUAAAACUAGGAAUUUCUUGGGAAAUGAUUCGAAUAAACGCUUGAUUUUAUGAGGUUCCCGGCAUGGAUGCUUGAACGGAUGAGAUCUAUCGUUGAUCUAUGUAUAAAAAAAAGGAGUGAAAAAAUGUAAGAAGAGGAGGAAGGGUCAAACAUGUCUCAAAUAUUAGAAAUUUCAUCGGAGGCGUGCUAUAUUAUAUACAUACAUAUAUAUAUAUAUAUAUAUAUAUAUAUAUAUAUAUAUAUAUGUGUGUGUAUGUAUAAAAUUUUGUAUUUGUAUAUCAUGUACAGAAAAAAUGGGUCGAUCCUUCUACGUUAGUCCCUUUCGAACAUUCAGCCAUUACUGUCUUUCUCUCUCAUUCGAGAUACGUGAUCUGAAAAAUCUUCGGAAAAAUCACUAAUUUACUAAGAAAAUGAUAAUAUCCAAUAAUAUAUCUAUAUAUUUGGUGAUUAUUAUUUUCAACUCGUGACUUACAGAAAAGAAAGAAAAAAAAUGUAUAUUCGAAUCGCAUAUACAAAUAAGAACGUGAACUUUCAUACGUUCUAAAACUCUUUUAUCGAUAAUAUCGAUUGAUAUACAUAUAUAUAUAAAAAUCGUGAUGUUAAACAUCGACGAUAUCUAACGUGAAGGAGAUACCAAGAGGACAAUUUUUUAUAUCUUUUUUAUAUUUUUAUUCAUGCGGCGUAUAAUGUGAAAUCUGUGUUGAUUUUUUGUGAGUCAUUCUGUAAACUUCUUGUAACGAAUACGUAAUAUAUAUAUAUAUAUAUAUAUAUAUAUAUAUAUAUAUAUAUAUAUAUAUAUAUGUAUGUAUGUAUGUAUGUAUGUAUGUAUGUAUGUACGUACAGUAAAUAUCGAGUUACUGUACGAUAAAGAAAAAAAAAACAAAAACAAAAGCAAAAAGGAAAACGAAUGAGUGAUACAUACGUAUAUUUAUCAUCGUUAAUAAUUUAAGUAUGGAACAAAAUGCAGCACAGAAUGACGAAUCUGAAGAUUUUUACGAGCAACGCACUCCCAAAUGAGAAUUUUUAUUAAAUAAAUAAUUCGCGAUAUACUGCCAAUACUCAGGCGAAUAUAUAUAUAUAUAUAUAUAUAUAUAUAUAUAUAUAUAUAUAUAUAAAUAUAUAUAUACUUUUUAAGUACAAAUGUAACGGAAGCACACACAACAUACACAAACGUGCCCAUCAACGACACGUUCUUUUUUCAGUUUUGAUACGACUAGUGCAAAGUUAAAAAUAAAUAAAUAAUAAUAAUAAUCGUCUGAUGUAUCAGCAAGUCUAAACAUAACAAAAAAAAAAAAAGGGAAUUUUGAAUAUUAUAUAGCCUUUUGAGAUUUAUUUACUAUGAGGUAAAUAAAUAUACAUGGCCUUUUGUGUGGAAGUAUCGGAAGGGCAGAUCUUUCUUACGUAUUUUUGUUUUUAAAUCGUAAAAUAAUAAUAGUAAUAAUAAUUAAUAAUGAUUAUCAAUAAUAAUAAUUAUAAUAAUAUUGAAGAAUGAAAUAAAACAAAUAAUAUACACGCGCGCGCACGCACACAUACACAAAUAUAUAUACAAUGACAUGAACAUAUACAGACAGAAAAAUAGUUAAGCUAUUGAAUUUUCUGCGGAGCGCAGAGUCUUCCUAUAAGAUGUUUAACAAGUCUAGACAAGACCUAAAUAAAUAAAAGAUUAAACAAUUUAAAUAAUAAGUUAUCAACGAAUCUGUGUAGAUUGACUUUAUAUUCCGCAAAUAAUUCAGUAAACUUGUAAAUAAUAUAUUAGUUCGUUAAGAUAAUCGAGUAAAUGUGUAAAGUGUGAUAAUUUGAAUCUAGAUGUUACGAGUUUUAAAACAAAAACAUAACAGCUACACAUUAUUCUGUACUUUCUUAUUUCACCGAUUUUCCAAAAUAAAAUAAAGGAAGAGAGAGUGCCAUUUCAGAAAGAAAGAAAGAAACAUUCUAUCAUAAUUGUAAUUUCCAGAGUGACUUUAGAAUCUUAUCUUCGAUAUAAUUCGUAAAAACAUUACCAUUGCAAUAUUAAAUAUACAGAGUAGGUGUAAGAAAGGUGAAUGCAAAUAGCGGAAGUUUCAUCGGUUGUAAAUAAUUGUAAUAUUUAUUGAAGAGAGAAGAGAAAAUAGUAGCGCAUAGGAUAGUAACAUUUAGUUUAGUUGAACAUUAAUUAUAAGUAAUCGGCGAUUAAUAACAUUUGAAAAGCACGUGCACACACAGACACACACACACAAACACACACACAGCACGUACGCAAAUCCAAAAAACGAACUAUGCGUGCUGUUUAUUUUGCUGAUAGAAGGCAAAGUAUCCUAGUCACUAAAUAAAACUUGUGUACGUUCGUUUAAACGAUGAAAAGGAAAAAGGAGAUGAAAGAUUUAAAGAAAAAAAGAAAAAAUGUGAAAAGAAAAGAUCUUGCCAAAUUAAAAAAAGGAGCUCAAUUUUUCAAUUUCUCAAAAAAGAGGAAACAAAGAAAAAGGUACUAAACUGUUUUAUCAGAUAAUUGUACUAUUACUACUAUUACUAUAUCUAAUAUCAUUGAAGCUACAUUAGAUACAAGUGUCAGACACACGCCCAUACCUUUCUUAGAUCUUUAAGGGAGAAUAUUAUUCGUGAAUAAAUAAAACGUAAAGUGUAACACGACUUCAUUCUAAUUCAGUGUUCUGAGAUAUCGCUGUAGUUUAAUAAUAAUAAUAAUAUUUGCCAACGAGUAAUUAUAAGAUUAGUUAUUUUGCAAAAAUUAUAUUUUUCUUUCAAGUUAUUUUUCAAUUAAUGUAAAUCAAUUCACAUCUUUUUUAUAUAUGCAUAUAUAUAUAUAUAUAUAUAUGUAUGUAUGUAUGUAUUGAUAAACAAUUUCAUUAGACAUAAGCUUUAUUUUUUAAUUAUGUGAAUUCAUAUUUAAUUAAAUUUUUAUUCACAUAUAAUUAACUUAAUCGUGAAAAUUAUUCACUUUCAAAUUUGUAGGGCUUCAAAUAAAGUUUAUAAAUUUAAUAUAAAUUUUUUAAGCAAGUUCAAAAUUUAUUUAAAUAUUCAAUCCUUAACAUAAACUCACGCGCGUGACGACUUUGAAUGAAGACAAAAAUGAGAUUUAUUAAUGAUAAAAGAUAUAAGUAAAUGAUUUGAAACUCGGACGGUAUCGAAGAACACUGAGUAUAAUAAUUUUAAGAAUAGCGACGAAAAACUUAGAGAAUGAAAAUCGUCUCUGUCGUUGAAGACUGCUGCAACACGCGCAAACGGGAUCAAAUACACAGAAUUGUCCAAGUUAACAAAAAUAAAAAAAAAAUAAAAAAUAAAAAAAUAAAAAAAAAAUUGUAAUACAAUACUUAAAAAGAAACUUCGAAAAAGUCGAAUGUUUAACACAGUCCAAAAGCGUGAAUAAUAACUCAUUCAAAAAUAUUUUUCUGAAUUGUUCAGAAGAGAAUGGAAAAGCUACAACUAAAAAGUAAAAGAAAAAGUUAACUCGAUAAAAGGGAAAUCAUUGAUUGGUCCGGUCAAAAAAAAAAUUGUGCACACAAGUUCGUUGUCUGUACGAAUACAGUGGCAUCGACUAUUUACAAGUUGAUGAAACCAGAGCUAGGAAAAGGAAAUAUUGUUAAAUUCUAAAUAUGCGAGAGUCGUACGUAUGUAGUCUAGACGAUUGUUGAUGAAACUUUUAUUCUAAUUGUUUGUCAAUUUGUACCAUUAAAAAAAAAUACCACAUUCUGAGAGAGAAAAAGAGAGAAGAUUUAAGAAUCAAUUUUUCUAAUAAGUACAAUUGCAUUUAAUUCCCGCUAAAUCGUUUUUAUACAAGUAUGUAUAAAGCGUUGGGUAGAACACAAGAAGAAAAAUAGAAAAAUUAGUAGAAGUUGAAGAAGUUGUAUGAAGGGGAUACGAAGGGCGAGAAAGAGAAAGAGAGAAAGAGAAUUAAUUAUUUUCGAAAGAAUUGAUAGUGGAAGUAGUAUAAUUAUAAGACACAAAGAAAUAUUCAUUUUGAAUUGAUGCAUUUUCUGAUAUGAGCCUAAAAAAACUUAUCACAAUAAUUAUUAGCAAUCAAAAAAAAAAAAAAAAAAAAAAAAAAGAAGAAGAAGAAGAAGGAUAAGUCAUCGAUGAAUAAAAUAAAAUGUAUUACACAUCGAUUAAAAGUACGAACAUGUGAUAAUAUAUCAUUUAUCAUCUUUUACUUGGAUUCUGAAUGACCUAAGCUUUUGUGCACCCUGGAAGACUGAUAUUGUAUGAUUCAAAGCGCUAUAAUCAUUUGUUUAGAUUUCUUAACAAACGAUUAAUUAUGGUAAUAUCUUUAAAAAUCUUUAAAUAUGUUACAUUGAUACUUCGUUUUUUUGCAAGGUUUUAACGUUUUGAAAUGCAUAUAUAUAUAUAUAUAUAUAUAUAUAUAUAUAUAUAUAUAUAAAUGUAUGCUUGUCGGUCAUUGACAUGGUGAACUUUUUGUUUUCCCAUAACGACAUUGUUAUAAUAAAAUCUUAAAGCGUUACGAUACUAAUUUUUAAGAGAGUAAGUUAUAUAUGUGAAUAUAUUUUGUGGUUUUCUCUCAUUGCGCGAAAGAGACUUACAUAUUUAAAAAGUGUGUAGAGGCUAUUGAAAAAAUGUAUUAUAAGUUAAGAUUUCAAUAAAAGUUUCUUUUUUUGUUUGCGUGAUGUGGAUAACUUUGAAUGAAGAUCGUAAUAAAGGAAAUUAUUUCAAGAGUAUAAGCCGAAAUCUGUCACUGGAUGACAUUUCUGUGAGUUACAAUUGUGUGUAAUUGCCAUAUGCCAGAUUUAAUUCCUCCUAUUGUAAUGGUAUGCGAAUAUUGCAAAAAGAGAAAUAAAAAUAUAAAUAAGAUA